GCGUCUCGGUUGUGUCGCGCCGCGUCGAACCCUCCGCGCGCCGGCACGAACGACCGACGUCGUCUCAGUGCGGACCGCAAGCAGCCCGUCCCGGACGUGUCGUCUUGGAUUUUUUCGAACGCCGCGCGCGCGCUAAUAUAGGUACCGCCGAUACGACGUGUGACUGCUACCUCUCUACAAUAUUAUGCAACACGCGCGCACACGCACAUAAUAAUAUUAUAAUACGCAUCGUACGUUUUACGCGUGUUCACCUCGUCGAAUAUACGUACCUCGCUACUACCUAAUAAUAAUAUUAUAUUAUUAUCGUAUUACAUUAUCGUGAGAAUAACGGCUCGCCAUGAAGAUCUUUAGUGGAAAAACGACACGUUUUUCAUUCGUCCGACUUUGAUUUCGUCCGCGUAUUCGUACCUUACGCGUGUACAGGGUGUAACAUACAUUUUAAUAUUAUAUUAAACGUGUCGCGUGCACGCACAUAUCGUCCUAUAUAUGUAGUAUAGAUCGUUUGACAGUGCCGUUGUGUGUGUUAAUCCGUCCUCGUCGUAAUCGCAGGUGUUUGUCGUCGUCGAAUAAUAUAUUUUUAUAAAUUACGUACGCGAUGCGCUGCCGCAGCUAACAAUUGACGCGCGCUCACGUACGCUGGAUUUUUCACACGCGCACAUCAUGCUGCCGUACCAGGCGAUGGCCAUGGACUACGCGUCCGCGUCGUUCCAGCGACAUCCGGCCGCGGCCAACGUGGGACACCAUCACCACGCGGCCGGCGGGCCCGGCGGCGGUGGCCCCGGGUCGGCCGCCGCCGCGUUCAGCCCAUCGUGGUUUGUACCGGCUGACUUGUGCAUGCCGUUCGCCAAGCAAAAUCAGCCGCUCGUCGAACCUGGAAUACUUGAGUUGAGAAAAGAAAAAAGUCGAGACGCAGCUAGGUCAAGACGGGGCAAAGAGAACUACGAGUUCUACGAGCUGGCCAAAAUGCUACCGCUGCCUGCAGCAAUUACAUCGCAGUUGGAUAAAGCGUCCAUUAUACGGCUGACAAUAUCGUACCUGAAACUGAGAGACUUCUCAGGGCACGGUGACCCACCAUGGACUAGGGAUGGUCCACAAUCCGCAUCGAAAAACCUAAAAGGAACCUCAGCUCGAAAUAGAUCUCCUAGUACCAUAGCCUUGGAAUUGUUUGAACAGCACCAAGGCACACAUAUACUUCAAUCGUUGGACGGUUUCGCUUUUGCGUUAGCUGCCGACGGACGAUUUCUAUACAUAUCAGAAACCGUGUCCAUCUACCUAGGUCUUUCUCAAGUAGAGAUGACCGGUAGUAGUGUGUUUGACUACAUUCACCAAGCUGACCAUUCUGAGCUAGCCGAACAAUUAGGCCUAGGACUGACUCAAGGCCAGGGAAUGGCAUCGCCGUCACCCAGCAGUGCUGGUUCCGAAGAAGGAAGUUCUAAUGUGGGCACGGCAAAUCCCGACGUUUCGUCAGUGAUGUCUCUAUCCAGCACAAAUGCAUAUAAAGGCUUAGACAGAGCGUUUUGCAUUAGAAUGAAGUCUACGCUGACUAAACGUGGUUGCCAUUUCAAAUCCUCCGGAUAUAGGGUGGUGCUGUUGAUUUGCAGACUGAGGCCACAGUACACGUUUUCGCACAAUCGGAAAUGUGCGCCACCGCUUUUGGGCGCAGUGUCCCUGGCUAUCGCACUACCCCCACCAAGCGUGCAUGAAAUCCGACUGGAAACCGACAUGUUCGUCACAAGACUAUACUUCGACUUUCGAAUAGCUCAUUGCGAACCAAGGGUGGCGGAAAUACUUGAUUAUACGGCCGACGAACUGACUGGUAUGAACAUGUAUACCCUGUGUCACGGCGAGGACGUGGGGAAACUCCGAAAAUGUCACCUAGACUUGAUUAACAAAGGACAGAUGAUGACGCAUUACUAUAGGGUGAUGAAUAAAAAUGGUGGUUACACUUGGAUGCAAACGUGCGGUACGGUCGUCUGUAACUCGAAAAACGCUGAAGAACAGAACAUCAUUUGCGUCAACUACGUAGUCAGUGCCAGAGAAUUCGACAAUUUGAUAAUGGAUUGUUGCCAAAUGGAAGAGCAUAUUAGACAGAGGGCGGUGAAAAGAGAAGAAACCGGAGGCAACGACCCUGAGAACGGUUCACCCGAUGGCGGUGGCGGUGACGGGCGAGGAGGAAAUCCUAGAAGAGAUCACCUAACACCUGCCGACCUGGACGAUGGUCAUUCGGCGGACGGACAGGGUGAUCCGACGAGAGGCAGGAACCAUGUGGACAUAACGCAAUUGAACAACGCACCAUCUGAACGAUUACAAUUGAACAACAACAACAACAACAGCAUAGGAAUACAACCGAAGAAGUCAGGCAAUGACAAACGGAAAGCACACAAAAGGAAAAUCACUGACCGGGACGAGGCGGCUGCGGCGGCGUUGGCAGCGGAUAGCUGCUGCAGUAGUUCGGAAGAGGACACUUUGGUGAACCGGAAGCAGCAUUUCGCCAGCCUAAGCCCCGCCUCUUCAUCGUGUCAAUCCACGCUGCCACCCAGUCCACCGAAAACGAAUGGCAGUGGUAGUGAUAAAAGGCCGGCCGCGAGCGACCCGAACGCCGUAAAAGAGCUCGAGCACGCUAUGUCCAAACACCUGCCACCAACCACGGACAAGACGUCCACGUCAUCAGUGGCGGCAGCACACCAACCGACCGACUUCAGCACGGACGCGCUGCUCAAGCAACAGCAACAGAAGAGUACGAUCCAAUGGAUCGGGGCGCACCACCUGGGACAUCACCACCAUCUUCAUCAGCAGCAGCAACACCAGCAGCUACAACAACAGCAGCAACAGCAACAGCAGAACGGUGGCCUACACCUGCAGCAGCACCAGCAUCACCACCACCCCGCCGGGCCACCUCACCACCAUCACCUACAACAUCACCAACAGCAGCAGCAGCACCACCAUCACCACCAGGGAGCGUCGCCGCACGGCCAACAGUCGACGGGCGGUGCACCAGGUACCACGCUGCCUGCUUCAGCGCUGCUCCGGCAGAUAUACGCCAACCGCGAGUCGGUGAUCCGCGCUAACGUGCACGCUCCCCGUUCACCCGGCGCCAGUGCUGUCUCGUAUUACGCGGGUGAAAUGAGCACGUUGCCGACGCCGCCGGGUAGCGAGGGUGGUUAUUCGGAACAGCAACAGUUCGGGCCGCAGAAAAACGAGUUCGGUAACGGCGGCGGCCUCGCCGUACCACCGCCGUACAGUUACGCCGAUUAUCAUACGGCCAUGACGCCGCCGUCGUCCGUGUCGCCACGUGACAAACACCAACACCAGCACCAGCAGCAACAGCAACAACAGCACCAGCAACAACACCAGUAUGAUUUGUACGGGCCACCGCCGACGUCCGCGGACGCGUUGCUGCAGAUACGGCAACAGCAUCUGCACCAGCAGUACGGCCAUCACGCGGAGGUGACGUCGUCCGCGGCGCCCGCGCUGCCGCUGAAACCACAGCCGUAUAACCCUGCGCCGCCACCGCCGCCCCCGCCCGCCGUGCCACUCGACCACUAUGAUCAGACGUCCGCGGCCGCGGCAGCUGCGGCCGCAGCAUUCUAUCAUUCGGCCGCCGGCUUUCAUCUUUACCAUCCAUCCAAGUCGUCUAUGGCCACUGGCCCGCCGCUUCCACCUCCGCCACCGUCAUCCGUGUACGCUGCUGACUCGUUAAAGAACCACCACAAUUGGUACUCCACACCCACUUAGUAUGCAGUUGGUAUAGAUUUAUAAUAAUUAUGACAUUUCAUAUGUACAUUUCACCCCUAACACCAUCCCCAUAUAAAAGCAUAUGGAGAGGAGUUAGUUUUUAAAUGCGACACGCACUCACUCGUAUUUCCUCGGACAUAUUAUUUAUGAUAGAAUUUGAACAAUGGGUAUAAUAUUAUUGUUAUUUGUUACACACAACAAUUUGUAGUGUCUAUCAUAUUAAUGUCUGGUAACUAAAUAAAUUCUGGUUAGGUAUCGGCAUUCGGUAUUUACUAAAUGCAUAUUACAUAUAAUAAUAUGUAUCUACAUUGUUAUUUAUUGUAGGUACCUAUCUUACAUUUUGCCAUUUUUUCUCUUAUUUCUUUUUUAAACGCAUAAUAUUAUAAAGUUCACUUUGAUUAUUAUAAAACAAAAAAAAAGAAAGGAGUAAAAGACUGGAAUGGUUUGGAAUGGCCAGGGAUUACACUUAUAAAUGCUAUAUUACACCGGUGCUGCAGGUGGUGGUCGGAAAGAAUAUAAUGUACUAAAAAAUUAUAUCAUAAGUACUAUUAGCCAACUGUACUAAACACAGGUAGCUAGGUUGUUGGAUAGAAAAAUAUAAUAUUUUUAAAUUACAAUAAAAUAGGUUUACCUUUACAAAAUGUUGACAGGUAUUUAAAUAAGGAAUUCACUGUCAGAUAUUCUGAUGAUAUCCCCCCUCCAUUGGACUUGACAUUUACCUCCCUAAUUCACUCAUAAAAUCUUUAAAUUAUUGUAAAUAGUAAACUAUAAAGUAUAAAUAACUUGAUAAAUACCAACAAAUCUUAAACUUACCAUUAUCAAAAAAUAGUCAAAAGGUAGUGUAAGUUUUAAGUACCAAGGCGUAAAAUACCCAUAUAUUAUCUACACCAAUGUAAGCGUUUUUUUUAUUUUAUAUGGCUUAUUAGGUGUCCAAGAAAAUACGGGUUUUGCAUAAAAAAUAGCACCAUUGUUAUGUGCGAUUGAUAUACUAAGCUUUUAAUUAUUAUAUUUGCUGCAGCUGUAUUCGUUUAAGACUGUAAUAUUGUCAUUAUUCUUAUUUAGAGUUAUUAAACAUAUUGUGUAUUAUACCAAUUUUGUAAAAACCUAUACCAAAGGUUGUAUAAAAUACGUAAUACCUACUAUACAUAUUAUGCACAUAAUUAAUAUUAUGAACAAACUAUAUAUUUUGUUAAGACUACAUCCUUUUUUUUAUACCUACAUAUUUUAACCAAAGAUUGUAUUUUAGUGUCGAAUUUUUAAACUGCGUGCCUACCAAUUUUUUGAUAAAUUGAUGAUGUACUUACCACUGCAGGCAGUGACGUAUAUAGGAAGUAAUUUCAGGGGGGACCUUACAAAAAAAAAUAUACCUAUUCAAUUAAUAUUAUAAUUUAAUCGCCGUAUUAAAAUGCCGUACCAACGAUUAUUAUUCGGGGGAGGGGUUGAACCCUAACCUCCUCCCCCUCCCCUAUAUACGCCACUGACUGCAGGUGUGUAUAUAGUUGCAAUGUUUAUAUAUUAAGAAAAAUUACGAUUUCGACAUCGGGCGUUUAUUUUUGGUUUGAAAUGUAAUUAUGAAAACUUAUUAAGUAGGUAGGUAUAGUUAACUUUAAUGAAAUAUUUCCAAAUUUAAACUCAAUGUCAUUGCACAACCUAUUUAUGUACCUAUUGAAAAAUACUUCUCAUAAAAUUAUAUCCAGUCAGGAUGGCGGUACAUGUUUGUACAUAUUAUUUUAUACAUAAGAGAUGAAAAUAAUGUAGACUUUUAUUAUAAUUAUAAUUUAAUAGGUCUGUAAGUUAUACGUAUAAAACAUCAUAUCAAAUUUAUUUUUAAACUAAGUGCUGAAGACAUCACAGUGUUUCAGUCUUGCACUCAUCUGUAUUAUUUGUAAUUUACGAAGUGUUUUUAUUGCGCUGUCGUUAUGAGUUAUGACUCAGUAAAUACUAUAUUAUUAUUUUUUAUAAUUCAAAUUUGUUUUUUUUUCCCUUAAACAAGAAUUGUAUUGUUUGUAAACAUGUUAGAUGGUUAAUUAUUUUAUUAUUAUUAUUAUUUUACGUUGGCUCAAUUAAUUUGUAUAUAAUGUAAUUUUUUACACAAAUAUGUAUAAUAUAUUAUAUAAUAUUACUAUUAUUAUUAUUA